GUGUAAUCUCAGUAAUCGGCAGGGUCCUGAUUGAUGCCGCUGCAAUUGUUUUCCUCUACCAGACCCAAAGAAUCUAUUCCCACAUCUUUCACACUCCGAGACGCGCCCCCCCUCGAACCUGAUCUGAUGCUCGGCCUCCAGGUGUCUUGCUAAUAAACCCCAUGUGUAGAAAUCUCUCGAGCAAUGGGAGCAUUUUUGGCGCUCUCUGGGGAAGAUCAAAGGGAAUCGAUCCCUGGUACUUCCGGCUUCCCGAGGCAACGUUUCGUGUUGUAAAGGACGAACUGAUUCUGCGGGAGCUAAUGCAGGUAGAGUAACUCCUCUUUGUUGGGGCAUUGUAACCGAGUGGGUCGUAAUAAUGGGUGGAAGCCUGACACUUUGAUCGGCUCCCUCUGGCGUAACGUGCAAUGCGGAACCAACAGGCGUCUCAUUGUUGAUUUCGUCAGUCGUAAGCAAGGGAGGGAGUUGGAGAUAUUCUUCUUCGGUAUUUGCAAUUGCGACACCGAUCGGAGGGAGCUUCAUCGGCAUCGCGGUGUUAAAAUUUGAUGUUUGAACGACUGAAGACGCCAUCGUGCAAGUGUGGGGACAGAGGGGUUUGCUGAGCUGAAUCUACAUAACCAGAAGCGGAGUUUCUUAAGUAUUGACUGACUACCCCUGCGCUGUUCCCGUAUUUUGUGAUACAUCCUUGUCGGCGGUGGCAAUCGAGAUGGAAAAUCCUUGAUUGUUAUAUAACCAAUGCGAAUGCGUCCACAUUUUUGGGCUAGGGCAAUUGACAUGGCUAUGCGUGACACAACAACUACAGCAAGACUUCUCUUAGCUUUUGAGAAGCUGGAGACCGACUACUCCAAUUUGGAACGAAAGGUUGAGUUGUUUCAAAAGAGUGAAAAGCGACACUGCGGCAGCUUGGAUCAUCAGACCGACGCCGAGGACGAGACUAUGAGCAAUGUUGUGGGAGAUCUGAGACACCUCCAAGCGCUCUUUGAUCAAAUACGAAUGUGGAUGAGACAUGACAUGGAGGGGACGGCAAAGCGCAUGGAACAACAUUUCAAUACCAAAAUUGAACUUGAGGCGAGAUUAAACCAAAUUGAGGCUCUAUGCCUGGGCAUGUCUUCUUCUUAG